AUGGAGAAGGUGAACAUCGAACCAUGUGUGAAGAUGGACACCCAAACCCUUGACCUUCUCAAGAUAAGAGAUGAUGUCACAUGGUACAUAAGGAAGCUAGGCUUGAGCAAGCUCUUCAAGCUAGAGUGUAGUGAGUACUCACAACUCACCAAGGAGUUCCUCUCCACAGUAGCUCUUGCCUUUCCCAACCACAAUGGAGACCAACCAGCUGGUGAUGGACUCCUACUCUUCAAGAUAGGCGAUGCCAAUGGGCGCAUCUCCAUCUCAGCUCUAUGCCAACUCUUUGGACUUCCCAAUGAGACAGCACAUGACUUCAAGGAGAACUCAAAGAGGAAACAAGCUGCCUUUGCUGAUUGGACACACUUUGCCAAUGAACCAUUCUUGCCUUCAAGAUCAAAGGUGUCUAGAAUCACUCAUCCAGCCAUUCGCUAUGUGCACCGCCUCAUCUCCACCACUUUCCAAUGCAAACAAGAAGCCAACAAGGUCACAACUGAUGAGUUCUACAUCCUCACCACACCAUUCAUCAAGCAUGAGUACAAGGCCAACCUUGGUCUUUUACUUGCCAAGACAUUUAUCAAUGUGAGGAAGCUAGCUCAAGACUUGGAAGGCAACAAGAAGCUUUGUGUUCGUUUUGGGAGGCUUAUCACGGCCAUAGUACAACAUGUGGGGAUUGACAUUCCCAACUAUGAGCCACUACCCAAGCCAACCCCUUUGGAUCUCCAUGCUCUUCAGCACAUCCACUUCCUAAACCGUUGGACUAAAGACCCAACUCGGUUUUGCUAUGAGUUUCCAAUUGGUCCAGCCAACACUUCCCUUGUCUUGCUGCCACAUGAAGACAUCCCAAGCCUACGCUCAGGUGUUGUCACUUUCCAGCCCAAUGAGGAAGACUUCUAUGUUCCAUCAAGUGAGAAACCAUCAUUCCCCAUGCUCACCUAUCGCACACUUCAGCAUGCAGUCAAGACUCAACGCCGCCACCAAGAACGCCAUGUUCUCACUACUGGCAUGGCCGCGCACCAAGCUCUAGACCGUGUUAACAAGCUGGAGAAGAUAGUGGAAUGCCAAUCUCGCUUCAUCUCACGCCUAGUUCGUGUAGUUCGCCACAUUGCACCGGAGAGACUCUUUCGCCCUUCUUCCACCGCUAGAGAGCCAUAUGAGCCUGACCUUGGUGAGUUCUCACUAGACUCAGAGCUUGGUUCAGAAGGCGAUGACCCCAUAGAUGAGGAAGAGAGUUCUUCUCACUGCCACACAUAG